CGACGAUUUCGAUCUAUUGACACGAAAAGGUAUAUUUCCCUAUGAAUAUGUGGAUUGCGUGGACAAGUUGCAGGACACGCGUCUACCUCCGCGCGAGUCAUUUUUCAGUUCUUUGACCGGAGUCACCGUAUCCGAGAGCGAUUACGUGCGCGCCGAGAAUGUCUGGCAGCGGUUCUCCAUCCAAACCUUAGGCGACUACAGCGAUUUAUAUAUGAAGAUAGAUGUCUUGUUAUUGGCCGACAUUUUUGAAAAUUUUCGCGAUAGUAGCAUCAACAGUUAUGGAUUAGAUCCCGCGUAUUAUUAUACUUUGCCUGGUUUCACGUGGGACGCCAUGCUGAAACACACGCACGUAAAUUUCGAGCUGCUCACAGACAUCGACAUGGUCAUGUACGCUCGAGCCAAUAACAAGUACAUGCAGUCUUACGAUCCAUCGAAACCAUCCUCGUACCUAAUGUACUUUGAUGUUAAUAAUUUGUAUGGUUGGGCGAUGUGUCAACCACUACCAUACGCAAAUUUUCGAUGGAUCGAAGAUAUUACGAAUUUCGACGCGAGCGCAAUCGCUGCGGACUCAUCGACAGGUUACAUUCUCGAGGUCGAUCUCGAGUAUCCGCAGCAUCUUCACGACGCGCACAUUGACCUACCGUUCUGUCCAACGCGCGAUAAACCACCCGGCAAGCGGCAGGAUAAACUUCUCGCGAUAGUGUAUGAUAAAAAGCGUUAUGUCAUACACUAUCGCAACCUGCAACAGUGCACGCGUCAUGGGCUUCGCGUGUCAAAGAUACACCGUGUAUUGGAGU